AUGGCUGAUUCAUUUAAUCAAUCUUCUGAUCUACUGAAAUGGAUUCCCAAAUUUCACAUUGCUCUUGUUAUUUAUAUUUUGUUAGAUCAUAGCAAACUAGCAGUAUUGUGCUUUAAAGAAACUUUGUUGAUUUGUCUCAAAGAUAAAAUAAUAACGCAGACAGAAUCAAUUGGAAAUUGUAGCAUUUCCAUAGAGACUAUCGGUCCUCUAAAAUAUGACUUUUUAAUUAAUACAAAAUUCUGCAUGAAUAUUGAUGAUUAUUAUUGUGGAUCAAAAGUCAUCUGUUCAGCAACAAAUCAAUUCAAUUGUCUGGAAGAAAAAAGGACUGAGUACGUUUAUUAUAAAAAUAGCUUAAAUGAAAAAACAUUAUUUAUGGGAAUUCAAGGCGAUAGUUAUUACAUAAAAACAACUCAAACGUAUCAAUGUAACAGAGUUAAGAAUUAUAAAAAUUUAAUAUAUUCACAGAAUAUAAAACUACUAAGUGAAGGGACAAAUUUAUUACUUAUGAGAUAUCUUUCGAUUAUUAAUUACAAUGGAAUUUUAACAUUUGGAAACAUAACGAUUGAUGGAAAUAUCGCUACAUGCCAAUAUAAGUGCAUUCCUGCAGAAUACAUGAAAAUAUAUAAGAAUCAUGUGAAAGCAUACACGAUUGAACGUAUAAUAGAAAAUGAAAAUGGAAGUGUAGAAAAUAUGAAAACAUAUUUAUCUCCGAAAGGAAAAAUAUUAGAACACAAUUGGUCAUCAACAUCUUACGUGCUAAAAAGCGAAUCUUUAGAAAGUGAAAAGCAAAUGAAUAGAAAACUUAGAAUAGCGAUACGAAAUGAUUAUUGGAUGGAGGAUAUGGAAAUGUUUUCUAAAUAUUUAGACGAAAAACGUAACGAAGUAACAAAAUUCAUUGAGUAUUUAACUGAUCACGUUGAAGUAAAACAUUUAAUAGCCGACUAUACACAAACUUUGUUAAUAGUAAAACCUCUCCACGUGGUAGAUUUUACGAUACAAUAUUUUAAGGCAUUUUCCAUAUGUCCAGAAAUUCAGGAUUUUAUUUCAACGGAUGAAAUUUCAAAGAUCGCUAUA